GGCGGUGGCAGCAACGGGCCGGGAUGGCGGGCCGGCCGGAGCCCAUGCCGGGCUACGGGCAGCUGGUGCGGCUGAGCUACCGGAGCCUGGUGGAGGCGGCGCGGGGCUGCGCCGACUGCGGCUGGGAGCUGUCCCGCCGGAGCUGGGCCGAACACGCGCACCUCGCCGGGCCCGAGCUGCUGCUCUUCGUGCUGGGCGUGCUGGGCUGGACCGCGCUGCGCCGGGCCGCCUCCGCCUGCCUCUUUCGGCCCCUAGCUCAGUGGUGCCAGCUGCAGCCCAAGGAUGCCGCCAAAAUGCCCGAGAGCGCUUGGAAGUUUCUCUUCUACUCGACCGCCUGGUGCUACAGCGCCUACCUGCUCUUCGGCACCGACUACCCCUUCUUCCAUGACCCGCCGUCUGUCUUCUACGACUGGAAGACAGGCAUGGCAGUGCCCAGGGACAUCGCAGUGGCCUACCUACUGCAGGGCAGUUUCUACGGGCACUCGAUCUAUGCCACGCUCUACAUGGACUCCUGGCGCAAGGACUCGGUGGUGAUGCUGGUCCACCACGUGGUCACCCUUGUCCUCAUCGUCUUCUCCUAUGCCUUCCGGUACCACAAUGUGGGCAUCCUGGUACUCUUCCUCCAUGACAUCAACGACGUCCAGCUGGAGUUCACCAAGCUCAACGUCUACUUCAAGCUCCGAGGUGGCGUCUACCACCGGCUCAAUGACCUCAUCUCUGAUCUCGGCUGCCUCAGCUUUAGCUUCAGCUGGUUCUGGUUUCGCUUGUAUUGGUUUCCACUCAAAGUCCUCUAUGCCACCUGCUACUCCAGCCUGCGCUCCGUCCCCAACAUCCCCUUCUACUUCUUCUUCAACACCCUGCUGCUUGCCCUCACUCUGAUGAAUAUCUACUGGUUCCUGUACAUUGUCGUGUUCGUGGCCAAGGUGUUGACGGGGCAGGUGCAGGAGGUCAAUGACGUACGGGAAUACGACGUGGACGAGAGCCCCCCAGCCCUGUCCCUCAGGAAAGAGGGCAGCCUCAAGACCUGGAAAGAAGAGAAACCUCUGAGGAACGGGCUGCUGAAGAAGCACUUCUGAGGGGCUCUGACUCCGUUCCUCCUCCCCACCAGGUCCCCAGCCUCCUCUGGAUCCCUCCCCUCCAGGACACCUGGCUGGAGCUGGGGGCUGGGGGAUUUGACACCAUCCUCGGCAUUUCCCACCCCCUACCCCCGGCCCCGGACUGUGCCCUCCCAGCUCUCCUCAGGCCCCCCUACCCACCCCUUCUUCCAGGCCCCUUCCCCUCCCCAGCCCCACUGGCCUGGACAGCUUUUCUGGCUUCUGGGGCAGGAUUCCCCUGAGCCCGUCUACCUUUGGGGCUCUGAGGCCCAUUCUGGGGAUGUGAGAGGAGCCAGAGAAGACCCUGGCUUUUCUUGUGGGAAAGGGGGCUGGCACUUUGGCUGCCCCCGCUCCCCUUCCUCCGGUAGCCAGAGCUACGGCCAAAUCAAGAGGGCACCCCGUGGGAGGGGCCUGAGCGGGGGCGGGGGCGGGGGCGGGAGGGAAGAGACCUGGGACGGGUCCCCAAAAUAACCAGCUCAGAGCAGGGGGCUGGCUCCCCUCACUCUAUGAGCCCGGCUCAGCCGAGAGGCAGAGAGAGGGGAGUGAAGAUCUUCCCACAGAUUCCCCCCACACAUGUGCCCCACAUUCCUGUCCCCAUCCUCACCCUUCAGACUUUCUGUAACAAAGCUGGGGACAAACCUAGGAGCCUCUAUUCCACCCCCCCCCGACCCCCAACUCUUCCCCGACACCACACAAACACAGCUGGACCAGAGUGGGUGGGGAAGGAAUCUGGGAUUGAAGACCAUCUCCAAACUGGGGCAAACAGACCUUUAGUCAUUAAAAUGUUAAGGAGGGAAGGGGGCCCAGACUGGUAAGGGAGGGGUAUCACUCUUACCCCUCCCUGAUCCCAACAACCCCCAACACUCCCCAGUUAGGCGUGUGUGUGGAGCCUGUAUGGGGUAAGCACCUUGAGGGCAGGAAUCGAGUCUACAAACUAUUGUAUUGAUUUCUCCCAAGGGCUUAGUUCAGUGCUCUGCACACACUCGGCGCUCAAUAAACACUGUUGAUUGAUGGAUUGAUUGAUUAAAGUAGCUGCUCAGGGCUCAAUCCCUGGGAGACUCUCA